UUUUCAGCCCUCUGCCGUCAUCCUAGUUAUCUCAAAGAUACAUCUCUAUACGCCUGCGGUAUGUCUCUAUACGUAUAGCAAGAUGACAGCAACCCCUCCCAACCUACCGCUAGUUCCUGGCAUCCCUGGAAUAAUACAUUUCUGGGAUGCCAAUACUAUGUCCUAUACCCUCAUCGCAAGAUUGGGUUCCUUAGGGCCCACCUAUACUUUAGAGGAUAUCGUGACCCUUACGUGGGCUGCCAUCUGUCAGCGCUAUUUCUCAGACUUGAGCUUUACGCCUACAGGCUUAAGAUGGACCGUGGCACGAGAGCAAUACAGGGACCCUGGUACGGUCAUUUCGGAAACUAAACUAGAUGUCGUCGUGAUCAAGCUCACUCCAUCUCAACAACUAAGGCAGCAGCCACCUGCUCUGAACAUGAUUGCUUAACCACCACCGGUCGUGCAGGAUAUCUAUCGAGACUACGUUUGGAUUGAAUGCAAAGCCCCGAGUUACGACACGCCUGGUGGUUGGCAUACACUCGCAGAUUAGACAGUGACGCGCCUGACCGCCGCACAUCCGACUCGAGAGGUGUUCGUAAUUCUUGCCAUCGACUUGAAAUGCGUUUGGCUUAUGUGGGACCCCAAUAACACGAUACCACCCCGUCGGCGUCUCUUUAUCCGUCUCAGCAACCCCGCCAUGACGGUCUACUGGGUUGAUCCGCGCCUUAAGCCCUUGACGGCGUACCCCUGGUUUGAUUUUACCACUGGCGAACUCAGAGUUGCGCACGCGGCGACUCUCGAUUGCUGGUCGAGAACGACGUUGCCUGUAACCGGUCAAGUUGUUCUCCAGAACGGGAUAGUCUUGAGUGCUAUUGAGCAGUUCCUU